ACUAAACCUGAUCCUAGUUUGCUUUCUGACAGCAGAAGGCCUCUUGGUCAACAAACUUUCACCGCUAUACCGGACUCCUGGGACAAGACGCAGGUUCCUCAAACAGGAUUCAAGCGAGUGUCCCUCUUGCGCUCCUCAGAUGAAUUUAAGGAGAUUGAAGCUCUUUUCUGUAAAACCAUGAGAGGCUUUGACAUCCUCAGCAUCGAGAGGAUUCAGAACAAAGCUCUUUGGGAAGUCUUUCAGUGGCAGAAAAAUCAGAUGAAGAACAACAACGGUGGAAGGAAUGUGACAGAAAAAAAACUUUUCCAUGGCACUGACUCUAAACAUGUAGAUGUCAUCUGCCACACCAACUUUGACUGGAGAAUCUGUGGAACUCAUGGAACUGCUUUUGGCAAAGGUAGUUACUUUGCCCGGGAUGCCAAAUACUCCCACAGCUACACCGGUGACUCUGAUGUCAAAUCCAUGUUCAUCUCCCGGCUGCUGGUGGGAGACUACACCAGAGGGUCCUCCGACUACCGCCGCCCUCCUUCCAAGGACGGAGGGGACAUAAACUUUUUUGACAGCUGCGUAGACGACGUCAUAAACCCUUCCAUCUUUGUUGUGUUUGAGAAGCACCAGAUCUAUCCUGAGUACCUUCUGCAGUACAAGACCACAGACCUGUUCGAUGACAUAUUUGGUGCUGCGUCUGCACUGGCAUCCAGACGAGUACCAGCUCCGAGACCAGCGCCCCAACCCAGCGUAUCAGUUUCUAAACCCAGCGUAUCAGUUUCUAAACCCACCACAUCCGUUUAUAAACCCACCACAUCCGUUUAUAAACCCACCACAUCCGUUUAUAAACCCACCACAUCCGUUUAUAAACCCACCACAUUAGUCUCUAAACCCACCACAUCCGGUUAUAAACCCACCACAUCAGUCUAUCAACCCAGCACACCGUCUUACCCCCCCAGCGCAUCACCAUACCAUUACCAAUCUAGCAGAUUAGAUGACCUGCUCAUGAUGUCUUCUCAACCUUCUCCACCUUCUCCCCCAGUCCGAAAAGCAAAGAAAGGUGAUUCAUGUGUCAUUGCUUAGUGAGAAACGUGAAGUGAGUGCAGGUGUGGUUAUGUUUUUUGGAAUGGAUAAUGACUUUAGAAGUAGCUUGAUGGGGCUCAUGCCGAAUGCUUUGGGUCAUUUUGGUGAUUAAAUAUAAUAAUAAUAUCUAUGAAAGUGUGGAAUGAGGUUUAGAGUGGCCAGAAAACCAGUCAAAUAGAAAAAAUCUACAGUAACCGGGAAAUGUUAAUUACACGAAAUGUAAGUGAGAUGCUUUGUAUACUUUGAUUUAUUCACUAAAUCGGUUUCCACUGCACUUUGUCGCAUUUUGCUUUUAACAAAUCACCAACUCAAACAGACCAAUAUGUAACAUUCUUUUCAGGUUUUCAAUUUUUUUUUUUAUGUGCAUAUUAAAAAUGUGCAGCUGAAUAGAAACUAAAAUAGCUCAGGAAAGUUUAUACAUCACAAUAACAUUAAUUUAAACCACUAGUAAUUAUUGCAGAAAGAGAUGCUGCGGCAUAGCUCCCCAACCAGUAGUGGGUGACAAAAUCCCUUGCAGAUAUUCAAAAAUAAGUUGUGAAAUUUAUUGCUUUAUUCACAAAUUGUAAAUGAGGUUGUGGUGUGUAAGCUUUUUUGUUUCACACAAUAUUCAGGGUGUACGGUUAUUGAUUAUUUAACGCACAGAUUUUGUGUUGUGUAGUUAAUUUGCUUAACACUACGAUUCCCCUGCAACUAAAAACUUUGACAUUUCCCAAACUGUUGUACUUUGUUUUCAACAUUAUUGAUUCUGUGCCUUGAAAAUAAAUGUAAUAUUAUCAUUAACUGCACACAGACACACUGUUUAAUUUCAGGUUUGCAGGAUAUGGCCUUGUUUUCUUACUGCUGGAGCUGCACGUCUGUCUCAUAAGUGAAUUUAAAACGCCACCAUCUGUCGAGUUGGGCCUCUCAGUGAAAUGAGGCAGGGCACAAAAAAUGAUUAGUAUGGCUGCCGGUGCUUCCUGUGACAUUAGGCCUGCAAAUCAUCCCACCUCCCCUCAACUCACGCACACACAGUAUACAUACACUAGCAACCGCCUCCUGUUGUGUUUCCUGACAAAGUGCAGUGGAAAUGUUUGCAUGUUAAUGUGAGAUUUCAUUGUAGUUAUGCACCCUGAUUUUUCAUUCGCCCUGCUAAAAAAUGCAGUGAUUUACACUUAAAGCUCAAUUGAUUUGUACACUAUCUGCAAUGAUUUAUACUAUGCUUCUGAAAUUAUCCGCCUUCAUGGAGUGAUUUACAUAACUGUAAGAAUAUUAAGAUAUUAAUUCAAGCACUGAGUUUUACUAUAUGCAAAAUUUUGGCACUUUGGCCGUCGCCAUAUUUGGAUAAGAGAGGUGGAGGAAUAUACAUUGCUGCACCUGACAGGUCACCAUGGUAGUGACUUGUCAAUCACAGGGUAGCCUCUCCCUAAAGCAUACCCUGCUUUAUUGUCUAUUUGCCUCUAAAUGGGACCAUAAUUUACUGAUGAACAUCAUGCGGUAUUAAAGGAGACUAGAAGCUCAUUAGGAAAGUGUUUCCUGAGGUAAUAAAUCAGGUGAGAAGGAGGCAUAUAUUAUCAUCUACUACUAUGCAAUCUGACUUAUUUUGCAAACACUGGACUCGCCCCGUGUUGGACAUUAGAAAGAAUGCAGGUUUAAGGAACUUCCGCGUUGGCUUCACUUUUCAGACCCGGGGGGUUUCCCACUUGGAAAAUACCCAUGCCAAUAGAAUUUAAAUGAGAAGAUAGCUCCAUAAAUAUACAGGACCUCUAGCAUUUUCAGAACCAUAAGGGCUCGUUAUAGGGACCUUGUAGACUACCAAGUUUCUGAUGUCAAUGAUGUACUGGGUGUGCAGGAUAUACACCUAUAAGACCUGAUUCCAGCUGGUUUAAUAUCAUGUUCUUGAUUCUUGCAAUCCUGUCAUUUCAAAAUAAAAUUGUGUUUUUAUUUGAACUUUGAA